CAGCCAGCUUCUGUAAUAAACAUAUCCUUCACAGCCUGCUUGUUCAUUAAAACUCAUCGAAGGCCCCAAUUCAGUGUCCCAAUACAAUUAACCUUAGGUUGGGUCUCUUGUACUCAAAGGAAAGUUUAGGCAGUUGAUGGGGUGCUUGAGGUCUGGGGGACUGAAUGCAGCAUAAAUGGGGAGAAAAAUAAUAUUUGAUAAAAGUAACGUCAGCAUAUUUGAGAUGAUUGUUUGUUGUGCUGGGGAAGCAGCCAGAGGAGACUGCUUCCUGCUUAAUUGGAAGUUGAGCAUCUUCCUUUGAGCAUCAUUCCUUGUUAUCAGUCUCCUGGAGAGGCGGAUGGGUUUGCUAUCUUGCUGCACUUGUGAAAUAUGCUUGAAAAGGCCCUCCUAUGUAGUUUUAAUAAUGGGGAAAGAAAAUGGUAUUCAUUUUAUAUUCCUGCCAGGUACUUGUAGCAGUAGCUUGUUGUUCAGGAGGUAAAUUAUUCCUUGUGUGUUGAAAUUUAAACUCCCACCAUUUUUUGAUGUUCGGUCACAGAGUACUCCUUUUGCAGCUGAGUAAAUACAUCUGUCCCAAGAAGGCUGACAGCUGAAAUAGCUUUUGCUUUGAAACACACAUCCGCAUCAGAAUCCAGAUGAGAGUUACUCUUAUUUCCUGUACAUUCACUCUAUUGAAAUAUAAUGGAGGUUUGUGAAACGCUGGAUAUUUACACUAUAUUUCUUUGUUGUGUGGGGAUGAUGGACCAGAAUAUCUCAAGACAAUAUAUCUUAUUUUGUUGAUGAGGUGGCAAAAGCCUAUAGUUUAUUCUGAGUACUCAGCUCUGCGUUCAGAGGAGUAUCCUUGUGUAGGAAAGCUCAUAAGCAUUUGCCUGGUGCUGAACACCAUUUCGGCUCCAUUUCAGUCAAUGGAAAGAAAGUAAGCAUGUGCUUAAACUUCAAGAAAUGUGUAAUGCUGGCAUUUGUAUUUUCAGCUGUAGAAUACACAUGUCUCACUAUUUUUCUUCUGUUCCAAUUAUCAUUUGGUUAAUAUAUUGUGAAGUGACUCGCUUUAUAAAUGCUUAGAUAGCAGUUCAAGAUUUUGCUGCAGUCUGUAUUUUGCAGUGUUCAGGCUUCUGCUAACAGCUAGUAUCUUGCCUCUUUUGCAUGGUUUUUAUAUCAAAGUCUCGUGCGGGUUUCUCAUCUCUUCACCCGGCAGAAGCACGUGGACAGGCGUGCCAGGGAGCUGGCCCUCUCGCUGCUGUUUGUGGCCCGCGUGGAGCGUGUGUGCCCGAUGGCUUGUGCCACGCAGGGACCUUCCCCACCCCGCGGGACGUGGGCUGCCCUGCGCCCCGGCCUGCGGGGCACCCGCCUGGGGCCCCGCUCCCCAGCGCGCAGGGCGUUACACAUCUGCCAGCAGCUGGUCCUAGUCGGCUGGGUUUGAUCCGAGGUGCCCGGACCGAAGUUCAGAGGCAUGCCGCUGCCUCCCUCUCCCUCCGCAGAAACAUGAAAGAAUACAGGAAGUCCUGCAUGGCCACGAUGAAUACCUGUGCUAAUUAAGUCACUGGCUGGGUACUGGGAGAACAGCAAGAUAUCCACAUUUCUAGAAAGCAGAAAUGACCAUGACUGCCAACAAGAAUGCCAGUGUCAACAGCAGAGCUGGAGGGAGUAAAGUGCCUCAGGACACUCUGGAUAGGUGUCAGUCAGUCUCUCCACCGCCUCUUUUGUCCCCACGAAGAAGUCCAGCCUACCCCCUCAGCGAUAGUGAGGACUCUUGCCGCUCUUCUCGACUCACCAAAGUCUCCGGCUCCAGACUGCGCCUCAAGGACUGGAGCAGCCGCACAUCUACGCUGCGAAGCACCUCCACGAGCCCAUCGGACACUGACUCCCCAAGCCACCCUCUAAAAGCCAUCAGUGUGGGUGCUUUGGAUAAAAGACUGUCUGUAUUCAAGGCUGAGGACCAAAAGGAGGGUCCAAAGGAGGCUCAAGAUGGAGACACGAUAGGGAGCCAUCCUCUCGCCCGGAGCACUCUGUCGUUGGGCACUGCCACCAACUUGAGGAACCUCUCCCUCAGCCGGGCGAGUGUCCGCUCCCAGGCACUGGACAUCAGGCAGAAGAUCACAGAAUGGGAGUGCCGUCGGGAGCCGUCCCCGCGGCUGAGCACGUGUGUGGACAAGAGGGAUGCUGGGGAGAGGUCAGGCAGUGAGAGCUGCCCCAGCGUGCUGACCUCUCCCUGCAGCGAGAAGACGUUCGAUUUCAAAGGGCUCAGGAGAAUGAGCCGAACGUUUUCUGAGUGCUCUUACCCAGAAACGGAGGAGGAGGAACUGCAGGACAGGGAUUCCUGCCAUCGAUUUGAAAAGAGACCAGGCAGGAGCGAGCCUCCUUCUGCUGCAUUCCUCAAGGGCCAUGUGAGGAAAGAGUCCUCUGCUGUGCUCAACAGAAUACAGAAGAUCGAGCAGGCACUGAAAGAGCAGCCGGGCAGAGGCCUCCCCCAGUUACCGAGUAGCUGUUACAGUGUUGACAAAGGGAGAAAAAAGUCUGUGACUCUGAGUACUGUGGAGGGACUGAGUGAAACCCUAAGUGAUAGCAAAGGAGGGAGUGUUAUUUUGGGGAGUGAACCAGAAACACCUACAGAGGCUGAGAAAAGCAGUAAGACAAAACAGGGGGUUCCUGGAAACUCGGCUGACCCUAAACUGCUGCUUGAAAGCCCAGCUAACACCGCGGUGAACCCUGUCCCCAAGCCCAAACGCACCUUUGAAUACGAAGCAGACAAAAACCACAAAAGUAAACCAAGCAAUGGCCUACCUCCAUCACCUACACCUGCUGCUCCUCCUCCCCUCCCGUCCACCCCUGCACCCCCUGUGACCAGAAGGCAGAAGAAAGACUCGCGCUUUCACAGAAAAUCCCAGAAUAGAAAAUCCUUUGAGUUUGAGGAUGCAUCAAGUCUGCAAUCCCUAUACCCUCCCUCCCCAACUGAAAAUGGGACUGAGAGCCAGCAUAAAUUUGGAUCCAAGAGCACUUUAGAAGAAAAUGCCUAUGAAGACAUUGUAGGCGAGUCACCCAAGGAAAACCCAUACGAGGAUGUGGAGCUGAAAGGCCGUCACACGGGCCGAAAAUCCCAUCAGCUCUCCGAGAAUUCCCUAGAUUCUUUGCACAGGAUGUGGACGCCGCAGGACAGGAAAUACACAUCACCUCCCCAGCUACCUUCGAAGCCCAGCAGCCAGUCUCUGCGCAUCGGGAACUGGUCAGAAAGGAAGAGCCACCGCUUGCCACGGCUGCCCAAGAGGCACAGCCACGAUGACAUGCUGCUGCUGGCUCAGCUUGGCAUUCCCUCCUCCCCUUCCAGCCUCAAUGAGGACAGCCUGAGUACCACCAGUGAGCUGCUGUCUACACGGCGGGCCAGGAGGAUCCCAAAGCUUGUCCAAAGAAUCAAUUCCAUCUACAGUGCAAAAAGAGGAAAAAAAAGACUGAAGAAACUUUCUAUGUCCAAUAUUGAGACAGCGUCCCUACGAGAUGAGAACAGUGAGAGUGAGAGUGACUCAGAUGACAGGUUUAAAGCUCAUACCCAGCGUCUAGUACACAUCCAGUCAAUGCUGAAGAGGGCUCCAAGUUAUCGAACCCUGGAACUGGAAUUGAUUGAAUGGCAGGAACGAGAGUUAUUUGAGUAUUUUGUGGUAGUGUCACUGAAAAAGAAGCCCUCUAAAAACACUUACCUCCCAGAAGUGACAUAUCAGUUUCCCAAGCUAGAAAGACCAACUAAGCAGAUGCGUGAAGCAGAGGAACGUCUCAAGGCUAUCCCCCAGUUCUGCUUUCCUGAUGCCAAGGACUGGCUCCCAGUCUCUGAAUACAACAGUGAGACCUUCUCUUUCAUGCUGACUGGGGAAGAUGGGAGCCGGCGGUUUGGUUAUUGCAGGAGGCUGCUGCCAAGUGGAAAAGGCCCACGUCUACCUGAAGUUUAUUGUGUCAUCAGCCGGCUGGGGUGCUUUGACUUAUUUUCCAAGAUCCUGGAUGAGGUUGAAAGGAGAAGGGGAAUAUCUGCUGCCUUGGUUUACCCAUUUAUGAGGAGUCUGAUGGAAUCUCCUUUUCCUGCACCUGGAAAGACAAUCAAAGUCAAAACCUUUCUGCCUGGAGCUGGAAACGAGGUCAUUGAGCUGCGGCGGCCCAUGGACUCGCGGCUGGAACACGUGGACUUUGAAUGCCUUUUCAAGUGCCUCAGUGUUCGUCAGAUCAUCAGGAUCUUUGCUUCUCUCCUGUUGGAGCGGCGUGUGAUUUUUGUAGCAGAUAAGCUCAGCACCCUCUCCAGCUGCUCGCACGCUGUGGUGGCCCUGCUGUACCCCUUCUCCUGGCAGCACACCUUCAUUCCUGUUCUGCCCUCAUCCAUGAUUGAUAUCGUGUGCUGCCCUACCCCCUUCCUGGUGGGACUGCUCUCCAGCUCUCUGCCCAAACUGAAGGAGCUGCCCGUAGAGGAGGCUUUGAUGGUUAACCUGGGAUCCGAUAGAUUCAUCAGGCAGAUGGAUGAUGAAGACACGCUAUUACCUAGAAAACUGCAAGCUGCUCUGGAGCAGGCUCUAGAGAGAAAGAAUGAACUGAUAAAUCAGGAUUCAGAUAGUGAUUCAGAUGAUGAAUGUAACACCCUGAAUGGAUUAGUGUCUGAGGUUUUUAUCCGAUUCUUUGUGGAGACAGUUGGCCAUUAUUCCCUGUUCCUAACCCAGAAUGAAAAAGGAGAGCGGGCCUUCCAAAGGGAGGCUUUCCGUAAAUCUGUGGCCUCCAAGAGUAUCCGCCGCUUCUUGGAAGUUUUUAUGGAAUCUCAAAUGUUUGCUGGCUUCAUCCAGGACAGAGAGCUGAGAAAAUGCAGGGCAAAAGGCCUCUUCGAGCAGAGGGUUGAGCAGUAUUUGGAAGAGCUUCCAGACACAGAACAAAGUGGAGUGAACAAGUUUCUGCGAGGCCUUGGAAACAAAAUGAAGUUCCUUCACAAGAAGAACUAACUCGUUUCUGCUGAAGUACCAACCCAAAGACUAUUUGUGACACUGCGUGUGAGACAACUGCAGCUUUUCAGAGUUUAAUGCGGGAGGAGAGCGGUGGAAGCUGACCACAGCUUUAAGUGACAGCUGAUGCUGUUAGACAUCGUUGUGCCAGAUGAUGGCUCCUUUAUGUAUUUGGAUAGAAUUUGUACAUAAUGUGCUGUAAGCUUUUGUAACUGAUUUUGUAAUGAGCAAGGAAAACUGUGGUAAAUAUUUGUAUAUUCCUGAGAAUAACAGGUGCUUUUUUUUUCUUUAGUAUGAAUUGAGUUAUGCUUGGUGCAAAAAUGAAUAGCUGAUUAUGUGCAGCUGACUGUCUCAGCAGAACCACUGACUUCACGGGAUGUUUGUGAGAGCUACACUGAUGCCUGGAUACUGCGGGGAUGAAUGAACUCCGGUACGUGGGAGAGGUUGUACGCACAGGGGCUGCUUCCAUGUGGCGGAGUUGGUAUUUUUUUUUCUCUAAUUAAUUUUAAAAGAAGGAAUAACAAAGUAACUUGAUAAUAAGGUACUUGGUUCACAAUACAAAACUUCCACUUGGUUUGAACUCUGGUCGGUAAACUACUUGUAAUCCAUUCUGCACUAAGACUGCUAAACCUGAGAUCUCAGUUCUUUGACAUGCAAGCUGCAACAAGUAGGUACAGUACAUCCUUUCCUAAUGUAUGUAUGUAUGGUUCCUAAUAAACUCUGUAAAUAUA